UCGCAUGUGAAAAAAUCUGAUAGUUGGAGAAGAGUUCUUCAUGUCAGGGACUGCUGUAGGCUCAGCACACAGAGAACUGACGCUCCUGGAUCACUUGAGAUAAGCAAAUGGAUGAGAAAGAGCUGAGUGACCCCCUGAAUAACUUAUCACUUAUCAGAGAUGACUUGACCAGGUCAAACAUGGGUUCAUCUGGUGAAUCAGAAAAGAUUAUCCAGCGCUUGAAUGAUGAACUCCGAGGAGCCCAGGAGCUAGCUAACACUGAGAAGCACAAAAGCAUGGAGCUACAAGGUAUCCUGGAGGAAGAGAGAAAAGACAACAAACAACAAGCUGAUGAUUCUGCCAAACAGAUCAAACUUCUUCAAGGCCAGCUGCGACAGCUCCAAGAUGAAACUGAAGCUCUCAGAGAGCAGAUAGAUGUCUCCUCCAGUUCACACGAUGAGCUACAAAGAGCACGCGAUGAGGUGAAGGCGCUGAAACGUGCCCUUGAGGCAUCUACUGCUGAGCGAGACCGUGAUGUUGCCGCCAUCCAGACUAAUCUGUCAACUGUGUCCAAGGACCUGGACAAGUGGCGUCAGACUGCAAACAGAUACGAGCAUGAGAUUGACAACCUACAGCGCGACCUCCAGCAGCAGAGUAAACAGUGGCAGAAAACUGCAGAAAUUCAAGCCAGUGAGCUGCAGUCCAUGCAGGUGGAGUGUAACGGCCUUCAGAAGGAGUGUUCUGCCCUGCGAUCUGAAAAACAAGACAUCGUGAACAAGCACCAGAAGGAAAAGAGCGCUCUGCAAAGUGAGUGUGCAUCUCUCAGUGCUGAAAAGGAGGAACUCCUCAAGGCUCACCAGAAAGAGAAGGUCAGCCUGCAGACCGACUAUGCAGCGCUGCGCUCUGAGAAAGAGGCCGUUCUGCAGAAACACAAGCAGCUGGAGAACGACCUUGCCAGUUCGCGUGCCCAGAAUGCUGAGCUGAGCAGCAGCCUCAAAGCCCUGGAGAGAUCCCAGCAGGAGUUUGAGAAGAGGCUUUCAGCCCUGCAGCUCGAGCACCAGCAGGACAGCACCAAACUGCAAACCCAACUGGACGAAGCGGACAGCCGCACCAAGACUCUGGAGAGAGAGUAUGAGGAGGCUAGGACAGAGCUGUCUGACCUUAAGGAAAAAUACGAAAAGACCGAGCAGGAAAAACAGUUGCUCACCGAUGAAUUGGAGGGGUGCAAAGCCGACAUGAAGGAAAUACAGGAGAAGGGAACAAAGAGAUCCCUAUUGCCGCCUGUUCAAGCCAUAGUCAUCGGCCUUAUCCUGGCUUUGCUGUAUUGGUGCUUCGGCGCAUUGUGCAGUGGAUGAUCUGGGGCCCUGUGGUCGCCGUAGCUCUAACAGCUGUGACUGCUGUUGCCGUGCUCUUCAGGACCUGAGGGCAAUGUACACACACUCAAACAUAAGCGAAACCCGUAUUUGUCAUCAGAUUCCUGUGCACUGAAACUGAAAAAAAAAAAACUUGCCCUCUUAUCAUAUCUGCACAUUCAAUUUGGAGGGCUCAUCCUUAACACUGUAACAUUUUUAAGAUGCUCUAUUUUAGAUGACAGAGAGGUUAAUAAAAGAAUGUCUGUUCGUGUGUAAAUCAACCACUUUGUUUGUACGUCUGUUAUUUGAGAGUCGGGUUGGUUUGCUAUCGUGACUUACAGGAUUAUCUAUUAAUGAAUGUAAAGAUACUCGACGUGUUUCAUUAAUUUUGGAAUAAAUAUGAUGAAAAUUUAGAUGGAUGCCCUUAAGCUUGAACCUCCCUAAAUGUAACACAUCUCUGUAACUGUGAGAAUAAUAAAAACUGUCACAAUA